CUAAUUAGAGAAGUAUACAUUAUGCAACAUAAUUAUCUUAAAAGGUAUCCGUGCGGCUGCGAAAGAGAAUUUGAAUUGCUUGGAAAAUAAUCUGAAAAUUAAAGGAAAAAAUCAUCUCAUUUUCUCAGUGUAUAUGAGAAGACCAGUGUUUUGAGCCGCGCGGCAUCAGUAUGAGGUACAAUACUUGUACACGUCAAUUAAGAUCCACGCUCUCUCUCCUGUCAGGAUGUCUUUCUGUGAUCAACACUGUUGUUUAUGCCUGCACACCCGGACAAUACUCAACGUACUCGGGGGACUGUAUGACCUGCCCCAAGGGAACCUACGGAGAGACCCCUACAUCCUAUAAAUGUGUGUCAUGUCCAGGAGAACAGACAACCAGUUCUGACGGAGCAACAAGCGCGGCAGAUUGUGUUUAUGAUGAACGUGGUUGUUAUUACAAUAUGAGCUUGGGUAAUGACACGUGGCUGGAACUCCCUAACACUGACAAACUCAGGACGUGUAUGAGACACUGCUCUGAAUUAGGACAUCUAUAUGCUGCUAUUCAGAACGCCAGCUCCUGUUUCUGUACCCAGGCAAUCAGUGGAACGCUUUCCCCGUCCGGAUGUAAUGUCCAGUGUGAUGACCCGACGAAAGCCUGUGGAGGAGUGGACGCUUGGACAGUGUACCGAACCGGAAAAAGGAAAGCAUCGAUAACAACAAUAGGGGCAAGAGAGGUCGACCUUGCGGCUCAUGGACUCAAGGUCAGUGGAAUGGCAGAAUUUGAAUUCAAGGUUCUUGCCUGUCAAGAUGCACAUGUGCGACUGAUGAAUGAGCGAGGGAAUUACACAACAAACUUUCUGGAAAUAGUUAUAGGAGUCUCGGACAAUGAGUAUUUCUCAGUUCGAGACGAAAAAUAUGGAUUGGGAACGUUCAACGUCUUCGGGUCUUUUCUGGAUUGCUACAGUUGGAAGUUUUUCAGAAUUUCUUGGAACAAUGGAACCAUAACUAUAUUUGUAAACGAUACCAACAAGUCCUACUCUAAAGACAUCGGUGUAGUGUUUGACGUUAAUCAUCUGGUUCUCUCCGCCUACGGCACUAUACAAGUUUGCUGGCAGGUUUUUGCAGAUAUACAACGCAAUGACGAAUGCCCCCCUCUACCCACAACGACAUCUGUUACAACAGAGGCAACAGGGAGCUGUCUAUGUCCUUGCUCUAAUACAAAUAUUACCGAAGAGGCCCUUCAAGAAAAAAUUUCCGAACUAAAGAGAACAUUGACUGUUGACGUCAAGACUACGUCACGAUACGAGAGAAAGUUCGUCUGUGCAGACGAUCCACGACCUUCUGCAAAAAGCGUGGGAAUUUUGUUUGGACCGAUCUUAAUUUCAAUGAUCCUUGGGCUUAUUGUUCUGGCAGAUUUUCCGAGGCUCAUCAAAUCAGUUACAAAGUGUAAAAAAUCAAUUAGACAUCUAAGGAGUGAGUGGAAAAGCAAAAACAAGUAUCAAAACGAAACAGUUUCAAGCGAGAAAAAAGAUUCACUAGAAGAAAAAACCAAUACAGUAGAGGACGGAAAAGAAAGUGCAAGCGAUCAAAAAACCAACUUGAAUCUAAAAGCGCAACCAAAUUUUGAUCAAAAUCAGAAAAAAAUCAACAACAUGAAACAAACGAAGUGGAGUUCAAACUCCACCCUAAACCAUAGAAAUACACAUACUGACCAAAGCAAAGGAAUAAAUGCUUCCCAUAGACAUUUCCGUAACAAUCUGCAGAAGUCACAGAGUAAGCAAAAUGUAAAGGGUGUCUUAAAGAACUGUGACAAACCAUCAAACUUGUCAACCCAAUUAAAUAAUCAGAAAGCUGACAAAGGCAGUGAAAUGGACCCAGUCAAGAAGACCAGUGGAAACACAGCCAAGGGAACAGGGGCUACAAAGCCUCCCAUAAAUCAUUUGAAGACAGAUAAGGAGACCAUCCGUAGUGUUGAUAAGAGUUAACUUAAAAGUGGUACUUGUAUAUAUCUGCAUAAUUGUAUUAACUGUUUUCAAGAUUUCGUGAAAGUCACAUGCAUCAGCCUAGCUACAGAGCUGUAGUUCUCUGUGAAAGUCACAUGCAUCAGCCUAGCUUCAGAGCUGUAGUUCUCUGUGAAAGUCACAUGCAUCAGCCUAGCUACAGAGCUGUAGUUCUCUGAAUUUUGAGACAGAUCAGAGAGCCAUAGAUCCACCCCUAGUAAAAACUUUCAUAGAUCCACCCCUAGUAAAACCUUUCAUAGAUCCACCCCUAGUAAAAACUUUCAUAGAUCCACCCCUAGUAAAAACUUUCAUAGAUCCACCCCUAGUAAAAACUUUCAUAGAUCCACCCCUAGUAAAACCUUUCGAUUUACGGCGCACAAAAACAAAAACAUGCGCCUGGCUGAGACCUUAUAUCGCUAUAUUUAUACCCCCGAACGAAGUUCAGGGGGGUAUAUAGGAAUCACUCUGUCUGUCUGUCUGUCCGUCCAUCUGUCUGUCUCCAGAUUCGUGUCCGGGCUAUAACUUCUUUGUUCUUUGACAUAGGCAUACCAUAUUUGGCACACAGGUGGAUCACCAUGAAACGAUGUGUGAAGUACCUUCAUGACCUACAUAUGCCCUUGACCUCAAGGUCAAUAUUAAAGGGGGGUUUUUAACAAUGGAUUCGUGUCCAGGCUAUAACUUCUUUGUUCUUUGACAUAGGCAUACCAUAUUUGGCACAAAGGUGGAUCACCAUGCGACGAUGUGUGAAGUACCUUUAUGACCUUGACCUCUAGGUCAAAAUUAAAGGUUUUUUACAAUGGAUUCGUGUCCGA